UUCUGUAAUAUUAACAAUUUUUGAAAAUAAAAUAUAAAGAUGUUUCACACAUUUCAAUAUAAUGCAAGCCACAUACCUGAUAGAGACUUUUCGUAUAAAUUUCCGUUACGCUUACAUGCACUUCAAAGCUACACUUUCAUGCACUGCACUGACCACACUACCUCGAAAAAAACAGACCUCCAGACUUAGCGCUGACAGCGUACUCCCUGAAUGUAGCCACUGUCGUUAAAAGUUACUCAACAGGCCUACAGUUCAGCUAAAACGAACAGACCAGUUGUGUAUCAGGCGUGUCUAAUUUUAUCUACUAGCAUUCCAGCGAAAAAUAAAGUUAAACGAUUGUUCGUGAGUAAAUUUGUCAUCGCGUUAUCGUGAAUGUAUGUUCGGUAAGUUUUCCGUUUAGGAACAUAAAGACACGUAAUUUACAGUAUAAGAGAGUUGAUUAGAAUUUCGUCGCAAAUUGAUCGUCAAGAAAUGUACAAAUCAAGUCAAGAGCCGGAUAUACCUGCGGCAUUAGGUUUGCUGUCUCACUUAGAUAACGACGAACUAAAAGAACUAUUAAAUAAUGAUAGAAAAUUCGAAGACAUCAUGAAAGACAUAAAACAGUUUAAAGAUCUCGAGACUGAGAAGGAAAUGUUAAUGGCGAGCAACAGAUCUUUGGCAGAAUUCAAUCUAUCAAAACAACCUGCAUUGGAAGAGGACAAACAAAUUUUGAAAGAAUUAAGUGACAAGUCAGGUUCUAUGACCGCUGAUACCGCUAUGGACCUAUUGCAAGCAGCCACUGCAGAAAUUGAAGAAGAAUCAGAAACAGUAGCAGAAAAGUUUAUGACGGGUGAUAUCGAGGUAGACGAAUUCCUGGACCAGUUUUUAACCAGAAGAAAAUUAAUGCAUUUGCGCAAGGUCAAAGUAGAUAAAUUGAGGGAGCUAAUAAGAAAAGGAUACUCCACAAGCAGUACACCUGGUUAUCCAACCAUUUCAAAUUUUCCUGGAAUAGCACCAUUCAUACCUUAUCCAACUGGACCUGUAGCUAUGCCGAUGCCACUGCCAUCAGGAUUGCCAGUUUAUAGACCAUAUUAAUUCAUAUGUAAUGUUACUUGUUAUAUAUAUUUAUUUUUUCUAAAGUAUCUAAAAGGCUUUCACUUACAACAUAAUAUGUUUAAUAUUAAUAUUCUUUACAUAUAACUUCUCUCGUGGAUUUCAUAAUUAAUUCUUAUUCUUUUUAUAUUGGAUAAUAUAUAUUGUACAAAUAUAUAUACACACAUGGUAUGUCUCAUUCUGCUUUUAUCAUUCAAAAUCUUGAAAUCGAGUUAACCUUAAAGUAAUUUAAAAAAAUUAUUUUAAUGGCAAUGAUAUAAACAUAACUCUCCUUUGAAAUUUUACAACUUUUGCUUGAAACAUUUUCUUUAAAAAAAUUUUUCAAGAUAUCUGAGUGUCAAAAAUAAAAUGGGACAUCUUGUAUAUGUGUUAUACAUUACAUCAAAAGAUUAAAAGUUCAUCUUUCCUGUCCUUGAAAUUAAGUAAAUUUUAAGAGAGUGUGAUAUCGGCGAAAUGAGGUGAUUAAAAUCAUAAUAAGGUGGUUAAAAAAAAUUAAAACUCACAGAUGCUUUUCAUUUUAACCCUUAGCGAAGGAAUGCCGCCAUAUUCGCGAAUAUAAUGUCGCGAAUAUGGCGGCAUUCGUUCGCUAAGGGUUAAUAUAUGUUAUAAAAGAUAGAGUUAUGAGUAAUCUUUACAAUUAUAUAGGAGUCGUAUACAGGGUGGCUCAUUAUGUAAGUAUUAUACAAGCUGUUUUCCUUAUAAUUAUUCAUAGUUAUAUACAAUUAGAUUAAUCCACAUAUAGUGUAAUGUUAUCAUAUAUGGCUUCAUAUUUAGUUAUGCAGGGUCAUUUAUAGUAUGUAUAUUAAAUAUGAAACUGUAUAAUCAAAUAUAUCAGAUAUGUAACCAUAUGAUCCAGUCUGAUUUCAUAUCUGAACAUAUAUGACUUUCAUGUCUAAUCAUGAUUCGACUGGAUGACCAGACUGCAUCAGGUUUACAUAUUUGAUGUAUUUGAUGAUAUAGUUUCAUAUUUGAUGUACAUAUUAUGAAUGGUCAUGACUGAAUAUGUGAAGCCAUGAUAUAUAAUAUAAAAUUAUACUACAUUAUAUGCUAUAAUACUUUAUAAGGUCUAAUAAU